GUUGUUUACUGUGGGGACUUUCCGCGUGCAGGAACGGAUGUAACAGAGAUGAGGCACGAGAGUAGAGAAAGAGAGUGAGAGAGACAGAGAGAGGGGGGUGAGAGUGUGUGAGAGUUAUAUGUUUCUCUUAAUUUAUUUAUUUUUUUUUUGAAAAACACAGUAAAUUCGAGAAAAUGUGCUGACAGUGCUGCUCUGUUGCUGAACUGAGUCCCUCGAAGUAAAGGGUAAAGAGCUUGUUAUUUCCUGGUGGGGAAACCCACACUAAAAUUUACCCGGAAAAAAAAAACCUAGAUGACGUAAAGCUAUUUCCCGCAGCCCCCGUCUUUAGAUCAGUCAUAUUAGAGCGCACGGGUCUUAGUAAAGAUCUCGCAUUUAUUGAACGGAAUGGCAUUGGCUCCUCUCGUGCCCAGCUCUCCUGGAGAGAACGAGUACCCGUCCGGUUUCCCUCAGAGCAUCUGUGAUGAAGUUCCGGCUCCGAAGUAUCUGUGCAGCCACUGCGACUGCGUGCUCAACGGCGCGCACCAGAGCGCGUGCGGCCACCGCUACUGCCUCGAGUGCAUCCACUGGCUCAUCAGAAACAACAAAAAUCUCGUGUGCACAAAGUGUAAAGAAGUCCCAAACCAGCAAAGCGAGGACGGCUUACUAACUUUUGACCAGUUCUUCAACGACGCAGCAAUCAAUAAAGAGAUUCUAGGACUGAGAGUGCACUGCGCUAACCACGGCUGUAUGUGGAAGAGCACCCUGAAGGACUUUGAGGAGCAUCAGAGUCAGUGUGAGUACGCCUUAAUCCCCUGCAAUGUUGGCUGUGGCUUGAUGGUUUUGAGGAAGACGUUGGCCACUCACCUGGAGAAAGGCUGUCCCAAUAAUAAGAGCACGUGUCCUACAUGUUCCUGCCCUCUGAGCCCUUCAGAGCUCCAGAAGCAUGUGUGUCCCAGUGACAAGAAGGCUGCGAAAGUAGAGAAACGGCAGAAGGAUAAUAAGCAAGCAAAUUCCAAAAGGAAAGAGACGUGUCUCUUCUCUGAAGUUGGAUGCGCAUUUAAGGGAAAUGUGGAGAAAGUGCGAGAACAUGAAAGCUGCAGUUCCGCAGCCCACCUCCAGCUCCUCCUGGAGGUCCUCAGGGGCGUUCGGGUCUCUGUUCCUUCCCCACCUGAGAGGAGUGUACACUUCCCAGGCCUGGACCUGCUCCUCCAUGGCCAGAGCUCACCUUCCGUCUGUGCACAGUCGGCUAGUGAGUUAGAGACCGACGGAGAGGAUGGAGGAGUGAACGACAUGGCACUGAGCCUUCACGAUGACCAAGCUGAGCUGGAAGUGGGCCAGCAGCUUCACGCACUUCAGCAGAGGCUGCAGAUCAUGGAAAACAUCAUCUCGGCACUCAACCGUGAGGUGGAGAAAACCCAGCUCACCGUGGCAGCCCUGGACAGAGACUCCUACAAAAGCAUGCAGCUGUUGGAGCACUUGGAGAGCGUGGUUGCAGACCAGCAGCAGAGAAUGAUCAGGAAAGAUGUACACAUCGUCUCCCUGCAGCAGAGCAUCAGCGCACAGCACGACGUGUCCUACGAUGGCACGUUUCUCUGGAAGAUCUGUGAUGUCAGUCAGAAGCUAAGAGAAGCAGCUACAGGGCAAAGGAGCAGCCAGUACUCACCAGCCUUCUAUACAUCCAGGUAUGGAUUUAAAGUGUGUAUGCGGCUGUACAUGCACGGAGACGGAGCCGGGAAAGGGACGCACGUCUCUCUUUUCUUCGUGAUUAUGAAAGGAGAGUAUGACCCACUUCUCUCAUGGCCUUUCAAACACAAGGUGACGUUCUUCCUCAUUGACCAGCACCAAAGAGAGCAUGUAAUCGACACGUUCCGUCCAGAUCUCUCGUCUAUGUCGUUCCAGCGGCCCGUGUCUGACAUGAACGUGGCCAGCGGCUGCCCUCUCUUCUGCCCUCUGGCCAAGCUGCGCUCUCCGAAGCAUGCAUACUGCAAAGACGACACGCUUUUUAUCAAGUGUGUGGUGGACUCUUCAUCCUGAAUGAUGAUGUAGCUGAAGAAGAAGGGACUGAGGUCAGGUUAAGUGGGCUGCUACUGCUGAAAAUCUUGCUUUGGGUGACAAAAUGUGCUCUGAAUCAUUCUUUUGCUGCUUCACCUAAAACAUACUAUUUAAAUGCUGCAUAAUGUUGAUAUAUUAUAGUUUUGAGGACUGAAUUAGGGUACAGUAAUGGAUUUAUUAUUAUUAUUAUUAUUAUUAUUAUUAUUAUUAUUAUUGUUGGGUUUCAGUAAAACUGCUAUUUAAUAUCUACAGAAAAAUUAUUUAACCUGAAAAAUAUUACAUUUCAUAUUUUGGUACAAAAAUGGAUAUUAUUUAUUUUUUUAUCAAUAAAGUCACAUGUUUAAAAAAGUACGAGGAGCUUCCUUUUCUCAGGAAAAUGUUUAAUGACAAAACUUACAAUCACAAUAUCCAUAUUAUGUUGUGAUAUCACCCAGUUCUACAUAAAAGGUUCUUAAAAAUACAUAUUUAAUGGCACUGUAAUGAUUUGCAGGUGUAAUGAUUUGUAUACCAUUUAAAUGAAUUCUACCCUUUUUAUAUUUGUUCGGGAACACCUGGAGAUAAUCUCUAUAUUUCGUAUUUAAAUGUGUAGAUCUGACAUUUUUGUGUACUGAAAUUCUUUCUGUGUUGCUACUGAUUUUUUUUUUUAAAUAGUUACCUUUGUUGUAUUUAAUAUUAUUUGCAUAAUUACAAAAAUAUAUAAAUAAAUA